AGAGGAGAGAGAGAAACACGAUGGAGAAAUUUUCUGUUUGGAAGGAUACACUUUGGCCAGGAGAUGAUGGUGGUUUCCACAACAUUACCCAGAGAAGCCCAAAGUUGAUAUCAUACUUGAAGCCCCAAACGUCCAUACAGUCAAUGCCGCUCACAGUGGUGCUGCAUGGUGCUGCCGGCGUCGGGAAAACCACAGUGGCAAAACAGCUAAUGCUGGACUGGACACAGGACGACCAGGCACAGACAUCCAGUUCCGCCUUCUAUCUCAGCUGCAAGGACCUCAGCCACAAGGGGGCGUGCACUUUUGCAGAGCUCGUAUCUGGGAGCAGGCCGGAUUUGCAGGAUGCUGUUCCAGGGAUCCUCACCCAAGCACGGAAAAUCCUGUUCAUCAUCGACGGCUUUGAUGAGCUGAGCGUCCCCUCGGGGGCACUCAUCCAUGACAUAUGUGGCGACUGGAAGAAGCAGAAGCCAGCGCCCGUCCUUCUGGGAAGUUUGCUGAAGAGAAAAAUGUUACCCAAGUCCACGUUAGUGAUCACCGCUCGACCGGGGGCCCUGAGGGAGCUCCGGCUCUUGGUUGAACAGCCACUCUUCCUAGAAAUCGAGGGGUUCUUGGAGCUGGACAGGAAGGCAUAUUUCUUGAAACACUUUGCAGAGGAGACUCAAGCCCUGCGAGCUUUUGACUUGAUGAGGAAGAACGCAGCUCUGUUCCACAUGGGCUCGGCGCCUGCUGUGUGCUGGAUUGUCUGCACGUGUCUGAAACGGCAGAUGGAGAAGGGGGAAGACCCUGCCUCGACCUGCCAGACCACCACGUCCCUGUUCCUGCGUUUCCUCUGCAGCCAGUUCACAGCAGCUCGCAGCAGCUGGCCCAGUGAUUGUCUCCAGGCUCCGGUGAAGUCUGUGUGCCUCUUGGCUGCUGAGGGCAUAUGGACGCAGACGUCUGUGUUUGAUGGAGAAGACCUCAGGAGACUUGGGGUAAAGGAGUCUGCCCUCUGUCCUUUCCUGGACAAGAACAUUCUCCAGAAGAGCAAAGACUGUGAGGGCUGCUACUCUUUCAUCCACCUCAGCGUCCAGCAGUUUCUUGCCGCCAUGUUCUAUGUCUUGGAGACAGAGGAGGAGGAAGAGGAUGUGGGUGGCCACAGGUGCCACAUUGGGGAUAUGAAGAAGCUGCUGUCCAAGGAAGGAAGACUAAAGAACCCCAGCCUGACCCAGGUGGGCUACUUCUUAUUUGGCCUCUCCAACGAAGAAAGGGCCGUGGAGCUGGAGACAACUUUUGGCUGUCUAGUAUCGAUGGAGGUCAAGCAGCAGUUACUGAAAUGCAGAUUAGUGCCCCAUGGGAAGAAACCCUUCUCAACCAUGGACACGAAGGAGAUUUUGUAUUGUCUUUAUGAAUCUCAGGAGGAGGAGCUGGUGGAGGAUGCCAUGGCCCCCGUCACGGAGAUUUCUAUCCACUUGACAAAUACAUCUGAAAUGAUGCAGUCUUCUUUCUGCCUUAAACAUUGUCAAAACCUGCAGAAAAUUUCACUGCGGGUAGGAAAGAGGAUAUUCCUGGAGAAUGAUACCACGUUGAAAUCAGAUGCUCAGGUUGAGAGGUCACAGCACGACCAUCAUUCUCUUCAUCUCUGGGCAGAUCUCUGCUCUGUGUUCAGUUCAAACAAGAACCUGAACUUUCUGGAUGUGAGGGAAAGCUUUCUGAGUCACUCCUCAGUGAGGAUUCUUUGUGAGCAGAUAACCCAUGUCACCUGUCAUCUCCAGAAAGUCGUGAUUAAGAACGUCUCCCCUGCCGAUGCUUAUCGGGACUUCUGUCUGGCUUUCAUUGGUAAGAAGACUCUGACACACCUGGUUCUGGAAGGCAGCGUCCACAGUGAUGAGAUGCUUUUGCUGCUGUUGUGUGAGAUCCUGAAACAUCCAAGAUGUAAUCUGCAGUAUCUGAGGUUGGGUUCUUGUUCUGACACCCCUCAGCGGUGGGCUGAUUUCUGCUCGGCCCUCAAAAUCAACCAGUCCCUGAAAUGCCUGGAUCUCACAGCCAGUGAGUUUCCGGAUGAGGGUGUCAAGUUGCUGUGUUCGACUCUGAGACACCCAAGGUGGUGUUUCCUGCAGAAAUUGUCGUUGGAAAACUGUCACCUUACAGAAGCCUGUUGUAAGGAGCUGUCUUCUGCUUUGAUUGUCAACCAGAGGCUGACCCACCUGUGCUUGGGCAAAAACAACCUUGGCGUUGGCGGGGUGAAAAUUCUGUGUGAGGGCUUGAGUUACCCCGGAUGUCAACUACAGACGUUGGUGUUGUGUCAUUGCAACAUAAACAGACAUGGCUGCAAAUAUAUCUCAAAGCUUCUCCAAGGAGACUCCAGCCUAACAAACUUGGACCUGGGUUUCAAUCCCAUAGCCACUGGAUUGUGCUUUCUCUCUGAAGCUUUGAAGAAACCAAAUUGUAACCUGAAAUGUCUAGGGCUCUGGGGCUGUUCCAUCACCCCUUUCAAUUGCCAGGAUCUCGCGUCUGCUCUUAUUAGCAACCAGAGCCUGGAAACUCUGGACCUGGGCCAGAACGUCUUGGGGCAGAGCGGAAUAAUGAUGCUCCUUGAGGCUUUAAAACAGAAGAAUGGCCGCCUAAAGACACUCAGGUUGAAGAUAGACAAAUCUACCGUGGAAAUCCAGCAGCUGUUGAAGGAUGUGAAAGAAAGCAAUCCAGAAUUGACGAUUGAAUGCAAUAAUGCCAGAACAGCCAGGUCCUUAUGUUGUGACUUCCUUUCCUGAAGGAAGGUAACUCUCGCAUGUCCCCAAAGGGGGCCCGUGUGAUAUCUCUAAGACAUCUCAUUAAUGAAGAUCAGAACAUCAAAUGUUAAUUACUGGAUCAAAAUGUAGAAUUGGGCACUGGUUUUUCACUCUCUGGUUUCUGGUAAAUUCCACACAAGUCACAUGCCCACUUGGUGUUAAAAUGUUUUCUCUCACAAGGAUAAUAAAAA